AUGAAAUCUCGACCUCCUAAAAGUAAUAUUAAGGCACCGGAAGAGUCAAACACAUUCCACGAUGAUGAAAAUAUAGCCUCUGGUAAUGAGUCAAAUAGUUUAAUUCCAAAACCUACAUUGAGCUCUUCUGCUUCACCAGGAACAGAUUAUAAUAUGCCAUCAAGUUCAGCCACACCAGUAAAUAAAAAGCCAGCUACACUAAAAGAAGUUCUUCAAGCGGCCUACGAUUUUUACUCUGCGAAAAAACAGAAAUUAAAUAAGAAAACUGAUACUCAUCCAACAGAUUCAGAAUUAGAUCUUUGUUUCCUCAAAAGUGUGUUGCCCGACAUGAUGGCCAAGACUCCGCAGCAAAAACGGCGAUUUAAAAUCGGGGUACUGAAUUUGGCGGGUGAUAUUUUGGCAAUGAACGAGAAUACUACAACUACCAGCGCAGGAUAGAACAUGCCGUUUAAAAUUGUGUCUACUCGUCGAAAAGGCAAGUUAGAACUAUGUACUGUGCCAGAAACAUGGGAAGUCAAAGGAACAUUGCGUUGGCCUAAGAUGUACGGUGAUAUACUCGCAAAAAAUGAUAGUACCCAGCCCCAGACAGAUUGGUUGACCUAUAAUUGUGUAGUGAAAAGAAGAAACUACCAUACAUACGAAGAAGCAGAGGCUGAAUUAGAAAAAAUGUUAGAAAAAACAGACACGGACGAUACCGAUUACAGUGAACAAUCCUACAAACGUACUACUGCUCCACAAAAAGUUCCAAAUUUGAAUGCUGCAGCUCAACGAAUAAUGAUAAAGUCUGGGAACCCAAAGAAAAGAAUGAAACAACCAACUUCAACCAUUCAAGCGAGUCAAAUCAUACAAGAAAGUCCAACCACACAAGGAGGUCCAAUCACACAAGCAGGUCCAACCACACAAGCAGGUCCAAUCACACAAGCAAGUCCAACCAUACCAGCAAGUCAAACCAUACAAGCAGGUCCAUUCACACAAGCAGAUCCAACGAUACAAAUAUUUCCAGAAACGUCAAUUCUGACCAACCAGCAGCACUCCUAUACUAUUGAUGAAGCUGUUUAUACAGUAUCUACCGAAGAGCAAGAAAAUAUGCCUCAAGAAGUACACUAUUAUACCAAUAAUCAAAAUAUGACAACCUAUAUUAAUAAUUUAUACGAGAUACAAACUGCAAUUUUGGACAACCAAAAUAAAAUAAUGAAAAAGCUUGGGGAAAUGUCGGUUCAGUUACAAGAAAUACAGGAUCAGAGCACAGAAAAUAUUACAGUAACAACUUUAGCUCAAGCUAAAGGAGCAGAAACUAAAAGAAUGCGUAUGGAUGUUGUCGAUAACAUCGAAAGCUUGGAGAAACUCGACAAAGAACUGUCAUGUCCUAAAAUACUUAAAACAUACUUAGAAAAGUAUGCAAUAUUAUGUUCUGCGGCGCCAGGAUCUGGUUCUAACUAUGCUUAUAGACUUUUAGAUUCAAUUUUUACCAAGGACUUUCUUUGCCAGUGUUCCUGGACUGGAGGAAGUCGUGGAGAUGAUCUUAAAAUAGGCUUCAAAAAAUAUAAAAACAUAUUAAAUUUCUUCUUCCAAAUGGUUAAUUAUUGGGACAACACGUACACAGUGCAAGAUAACGAAGAUUUUUUUAAAAGCAUAUUGAGAAAUGCUUUAAAAAGGAAGACAUCCAAAAAAAUUCGUCAGUCGAGCAAGAAAAGAAGGAAAUUACAACCCAAAAGAGUCGGUGAAAACAAUACUAAUAAUGACGGUGAAAACAAUACUGAUAAUGACGGUGAAAACAAUACUAAUAAUGACGGUGAAAACAAUACUAAUAAUGAUGGUGAAGCAAAUAUAAAUGAUGAUGAAGGCGGCGCGGCGCGGCAGCGGAGCGGCGCGGUGAUCAGUGCGCGUUGCAUUCUAUACAAAAUGUAUGAACGACGUCAAACAGCGCCGCCGCCGCGCCGCGCUGUCCCGCGCAGCUCUCUGUUAGACGUCAUGGCACUAACUGCGGCGGACACUAAACAGAAGCGGUACCGAGAGCGGAUGCGAGCAAACAACGAAAAGUUUGAAGAAGCUAAACGUAAAAAUGCUGCGCGAAAUAAAGAAAGAAAAAAAAUUAGCGAAUGUACGGAAACUGAAAAAAAAACCUAAGGAGACAGUGGCGAACUAGAAAAAAUAGACAAAAAAAUACACUAAAACAAAAUGUUGCAGAAAAUAUGAAAAAUGAUCAAACAGACAAUAAAGCACGAUUAGCAGAAAGGAAAAAGUAUCAAAAACAUUUGGCUACAGUCAAAAAUAACUAUGAGACAAAAAUUAGCAAUAUGUCAAAAAAUAUUGCAGCUCUUAAAAAGAAAUGUUCCCGUUUAAUUAAAAAGCAACGAUCAUUAAUGGCACGUAUUGAAGAACUGACAGCAAAAAAUGCAGAAUUGCAAAUAGAUAAUGUGCCUACAAAUACAUUCCAAAACGAAAAUGAAAUGACACCUCUUUCUAAAACCGAAAGCUUUAUAGAAAAAAACAUGCCCACCAUAAUCACACCAGAAAAACAAACAGUAAAGAAACAGCUUCUGAAUUAUAACGUUUUAACUACUGCUCUACAGAAAACAUACGAAAAUGCAAAAAAUAAUCAAGAACGCAAUGUUCUUAAAGGCGUAGUUGAGAAUGAUAUAGUGAAGAAGUACAAGGCUAAGAGCAUAACUACAACUGUAUUAGGAUUCAAAGGAAGAGCUCGUUCAAAGGAGUUCAAAGGAGCAGAAAAAUCCUUAUGAGGAAGAGCAAAAUACUUAUUGAUGGAAUUAAACACUUCUAUGAAAGAGACGAUGUUAGUCGCGUAACGGUUGGAAAAAAUGAAGUUAAGACUUUAAAGAAAAACAAGCAACAGCGACGCUAUUUGUUGAAUAGUCUGAAGGCACUUUACAAAAAGUAUAGGUUGGCAGGUGGCAAAGCAAAGUAUACUUCAUUUAAGAAGUACCGGCCUUUCUAUGUUUUGCGCCCUAAACUCUCAAACAGAGAAACGUGCGGAUGCAUAAAACACAAAAACAUCAUGUUAAAAAUUAAAAAAUUAAAAUUUUUGGGAAUGAUCGAUACCAAGGAUCUAGACGCAAUCUUGAGUAAUAUACAAUGCGACUUGAAUUCGAAAGAAAGAGCAUAUGGAGAAUGCUCUGAUUGCGAAAAUAAGUUAUUUAUUUCUGUUAACUGGGAGAAUCAUAGCCGAAGUUAAAUUGUCACUUAUGAACUAUUUUUAGAAGACCAAAAACUUAGCAAAGAAGCUGAUUCUAACUCCUUAUGUGUGAGCUUUGAUUUAGAAAAAGUCCUUAAUACUCCACACGGUAAAAGUGUGACCUUAUAUUACUCGAGAAAAUAUGCAUAUUAUAAUGAAAGUAUAUAUGAAAGUGGCACAAGGGAUGGAUAUUGUUACUUAUGGGGCGAAUGCCAAGGAAAAAGGGGCUGCAAUGAAAUAGUUACAGUUCUUUUCAAGUAUUUGAAUAUGAUAGACCAAAAAGGUACCCAUACUGUUGUUAAUCUAUAUUCUGAUAGCUGUGCUGGGCAAAACAGAAACCGUGGAAUGAUAUCAAUGUUAAUUUAUUUCUUGAAAAUCGCAAUAACAAUUACACAAAUAAAGGUAACUUAUCUUUUACCUGGACACACCAUGGUGCCUGUUGACUCUAUUCAUAGCACUAUUGAAAGUUUUGUUCGUAAUAAAACAGUAUGGGCUCCUUCUGAGUGGCCAACUAUGAUUACUAAUGCUAGACAUAAUCCUAAAAGUUACAUUGUAAAUGUUUUAAAGUAGACAUGGGCGUUUUUGGUUUUGAACGCAAACGGAUAUUUAUCGGAUUUCAGAUUUCAAAAUCGAUUUCGAAAUCCGUUUUUAGAUAUCCGAUUUCAGAUGUGCCUAACUUAGCCAAUUCACUAGUUUGUGUUUAGAUUUGGUUUUAUUAGCUAACGACAAUCACAAACAAUUAAUUGACUAUAUUUUGAAAACCAACACAAAACUCGUCUAAUCAAUUAAAAAGACAACAGUUAAAAAAAAAUCCAAAUUAAAACUAUCAAUUUAAAUAAUGUGUAGGUAACCCAAUGUACUAAGUUGACUUAUUAUUUUUAUCUUUAUGAACUCUACUUAACUCCAAUCCAGUCUUAACAUACACGUAAUUAAUAAUUAUCUAAAACCGGCAAACAAAAAUCACUGACUGACACGCGCGCACUUGCAUAUCAAGGUUAAAUUUGCGCCUAAACGAAAGCACCAAGUUUUUGUAGUAAACAAUCGCACACUAAGCUAUAAGCCAAAAUACAUCACCUCACAGCCUAGUCACGCAAAUAUAGUCUUUAAGUACUGUGUCGUAAGACUAAAUUGAUCGCACAUAUUCAAUGGCAAUAGAUUUCCGUAAACAACAAACCGAAAUCGGACUUCCGAAAUUCGCGUCAUCUACUCCGCUUUGUUACGAUUGGUAAGAAAGAGACAAAGCGAAUUUUACUGACUCUCGAAAUUGUGAACAAAUUCGCUUUCUCUCUUUCUAACCAAUCGCUACAUAGCGGAGUAAAAAAGAUAGCACGAAUUUCGAAUCCGAUUUACAUUUAGAUACGUGUGGUGGUAUUAGAUCGCUAGAUCGAUCGUUUUGGUUCGGUUAGAUUUCUGAAAUCGGAUUUUCUUGUUGAGAAAUCGUUUGGUAUCGAUUUGUGUUUGAAAUCGGAUUUUGGAUUCGUUUUGAUAUAUCGGACGCAUGCCUAUUUUAAAGAAUGGAGACUUCAUGGAUUGGAAGACCUUUUCACAGGCUUUAUUGCCAGCUAAAUUUAAAAUUAAUUUUAAUGCAUUAAGAGUGGUGCAAUUACAUAAAAAUGAUUCUAUUGUUAAAUUUAAAUACGGUUUUUUUGAAGAAAGUGACAAUUACGAAAUAAAUUUGGAUUCCAUCAUCAGAUCGAGAGCAAACAAUGCUGCUGUCCAAAAAGGACCCACACCUUUAUACGCCGAAGAGCUUAAAAUUUCAGCAGCUAAAUACAAAGAUCUGCAGGAGCUUUGCAACAAAAAUAUCAUACCAAACAGAUACCAUCAAGAAUAUUUAAGUAUGAGGCAUGAUGGAACCAUACGUGAUGCGUUAGAUGAAACGGACAAAGAU